CGCCUUCUGCAGCUGCGGGAACCAUGACUGCUUUCUCCAGCCGGAGCCGGUCCUUCUCAGGAGGUGUCCAGGGACCCAGAGGAGGAAGCUUGCUGGCCUUAGCAGGAUCUCAGUCAAUGUCAAAUGUCUUCGGGGGGAGUGGGAUUACUAGUGGCUUCUUGUCUCUUGCCAAGGAUGGGCUAAUGCGGCGUUAUGGGCAGGAGACCAACAUCCUUGAUAUUAAUGAAAAAGGUACCAUGCAGAAUUUGAAUGACCGUCUUGCAGCCUACCUGGAAAGGGUGCGAUCUCUGGAGGACUCCAACAGGGAUCUGGAACAACAUAUCCGGGAGACCUAUGCCAAGCGAGCAUCGACGGGGCCUCCUGACCUGAGUGGGUAUUUCAGCACUGCUUCUGAGCUGAGAGCUAAGAUCCAAGAAGAGGCCUUAAGAAAUGCCGGGCUGCUCCUUCAGAUUGAUAACGCCAAACUGGCCGCUGAUGAUUUCAGAGUGAAGCUGGAAUCAGAGCUGGCGGUGCGUCUGUCUGUGGAGGGGGACCUCGGAGGCUUGCGCAAGGCCCUGGAAGAGCUCAACGCAAGCCGAGCUAGCCUGCAGGUGCAAGUGGACAACCUCCAGGAGGAGCUGGCUUUCCUCAAGAGGAACCACCAGGAGGAAGUCGGCUCACUCCAGGGACGGCUGGGGGGCACCAUCAAUGUGGAAGUGGACUCCAUGCCUGGCAUCGACCUGCAGAAAAUCCUGGCUGAGAUCCGCGACCAGUAUGAGGAAGUCAUGGAAAAGAACCGCCAGGAAGCUGAGGCACUGCACAAGGCCCAGUGUGAUGCCAUCAGCCGGGAGGUUGCGAUCAGCACUGAAGCCCUCCAGGCCGCUCAGAUGAAGAUCAUGGAGCUGAAACGGCUGCUCCAGGCCUUGGAAAUCGAGCUCCAGUCGCUCCGCAGCACGAAAGUGGCCCUGGAGGGUACCUUGGCUGAGACUGAAUCCCGCUACGGAAUGGAGCUGUCUCAGCUGCGUGAUCUUGUCGCUGCCAGAGAGGCUGAGCUUCUGCAGCUGCGAUCGGACGCCCAGAACCAAGCUGAAGAUCACAAACGGCUGAUGGACAUCAAGACCAGACUAGAGCAGGAGAUCGCCACUUACCGGCGUCUGCUUGAAGGAUCAGAAGCUGAACCGCCGCACACCCCAGAGCCCUCUGCAAGCCGCCGGGUGAAGACCCUUAUUGAAGAACUGGUGGAUGGCAAGGUGGUCUCAUCUCGUGUGGAGGAAGUGGAGCACAAGCUUUGAAAGAUACUGGGCAGAAGAAGCGUUGGCAGAGGUGAUUGUGGUGCAUUCUGUUCCAUGCCAAGGGCCUUGGACUGCCAAUAAAGGAACUGCCAAUAAAACAGUUUUGCUCUCAUUUCUGAGA